AAUUAGAGAGAAAAUUUGUUUUGCUUUUUCUUUCUCAUAUUCAGUGGCUGAGUUAGAAGAUGAAAUUGAUGGUGUAUAGAAUGCGAUUUAACUGUUACUCAAUAUGCUGGAAAUAGCAGAAUAAUUAUCAUUAGUGUUUAAACGUAAAUGGGUAAAUCAACCAUGAAGAAUGGUCAUUUCACGCGAAAAGUUAAAACCAAAAGCAAGGAUAAUCAAACAAUGGCCAUCACCGAGAGUAACAUACACAACGCUUGGACCUUGGUUAAACAGUUGACUAAUGCUUUAAGAUACUUCCAAGAUGCUGUGGAAAAAGAGAUUCACAAUCAAUUACCUGGAGCUUCAUCAAUCCUUUUAGACAUAGUUGUUUCCUGUUACACCGAGCUUGGUGCAUAUCUCAUUAAUAAAGAUCGAAGCGCGAAGAUGCUUUCAGCAACCGACAGAGUCUAUCUGAGUCUGGCUGAACUGAUGAAAUGGUCUGACCGUGUUUUAAUUGAAGAAGCGUCCAACUACAAUCGAGAUGAAGUGUCACUUAUCGUUGGCAAUCUCAAAGAAUCAGUCAACACUCUAGUCCAAUUAUGUGUGGAUUAUUACCAAUCAAGAGAUAAUUUGGUGAAAAGUUCAACGUCUUUUAGUCUCAAGAAUGAUGAAAUUUACGAUGAUGGCAAUCAAAAUGAUUUAACUGAUGGCAAUACUCCAGUAAAAGAUAUCCUAAAUUGUACAAACUUUAACUCUCGUAAAGGCUCUAAUACUUCCAAUCAUUCAGAGUUCAGCUUGUCCCAUCAUCGAAAUUCAUUACCAGACAUGAAUCCAUUACCAUUGUCACCAUUGUCAACCUCAUUACCUUCAACAGCAACAACGAAUACAAUUACAGUUUCAACUCAUCAUCCAUUUCCAAAAUCAGUCCCAUCAGCUUCAAUUCCUGUAACCGAAGGCAUUUCAAAAUUGACAGAUAAAUUAACUGCUACUCACAUUGAGAACCUCGAAGAAACUCUCCAUUCACAGAAUUCAAAGAUGAAAAAUUUAAACUCUUCAGGCUGUUAUUCAAUGGCACACAAAAGCUGCAAUAAUCCAUCUUCAUCACCAUCGCCAUGUUCUGAUAGAUUUCCUCACUCUUUUUCCUCAGACUCUCUAUUGAGCUCUAAAACAGUAGGAAACAUUAAAACAGUGCCUCUAAAUAAUGGAUUUUACGCUUUCGAUGUACCAGGAGAAGGAAACAGAGAGAGAAUCUUUGAAAACUCUAAUUUCAUUAACAACAAUCACAACAAAUUACAAGAGACUGGUCGAAGUCAAACUAGCUCAUUUGCUAGUAGCUGUGUGUCCUCAUCAUUAUCAUCAGCUGGAGUUUCUGAUUAUCCUGAUUUGGAUGAUAUUCCUCCACCUUUGCCACCAAAAAAGAAACAAUCAAUGACCAAUGAUCUUAAUAAAAGUCCAAUAAAGAAACCAACCUUGGAGUACAACAGUACAUUCGAGGCUUUACAACUUGAUUCAACGCGUGUAUCCUCAGCUUCAUCAUCAUUUAACUGCCAAUCAACCAAUGCGAUGACGUUUGAAACAUUUUCCAGCCGAAUGUUAUCUGACCGAAAUGAUUUAAUAACUGGCGUUAAUCAUGAUACCCCAGAUUAUAGAAACCCACAAGUCACUAAUAAUUUUUUACCAAAUUCUGGUCACGAUACUUUUUCUAGUCGAACUACAACAUUAACAAAGACAUUUGCGCAAAAAUCACAACAAUUUCCAAUGGUUACUCAACAAAAUUGUCUUAUUCAUUGUCCUGAUACCCGUGGCUUGAGAUCAAGUAAAGAUGGUAUCAACAAUCAAAUUGACCAUUUGAAUGGUAAAAUUUUGGAGAAAAGUUCAACAAUUGAAGGUGAAUCGCCACCUGAAAUACCUGUCAAGCUUCGUCGUCGCUACUUAUUUCCAAAUGACUCUAUCCAAUGUGAAGAAAUUGUUCGCCCUCCUUCCCAAUAUGACAAUAUUUCAGAUAUUGAUUCAACUUCAACACAUACCUCAUUGUCCUCUACUUCAAACAACACUCGUAAUGAUCGUCCAUACAAAUUUGACUGGUCUUCAACCUCAACCUGGCAGUCCAGCAAUCAUUCAAUAUCAUGUCCUCUGCAUUUAUCCCGUCAAGCAGAUUCCAUUUCUUCAAACGGACAAUCAACAGGUUCAAAUUGCGAAGAAACUGAAAAUUUUUAUGAAGAUUUUAUUAAACCUCCUCCCUUACCACCAAAACAACGCAACAUAAUGACUUACAUGACAAUGCUUAACAAUAGUGAAAAAUAUGAUGGACCAAAUGAUGCCGUUUUAAAUCUUUACCGACACUCUGUCCAUGCUUACCAUUUAGUCAAUUCAUCUAGUAAACUUAACUCUUGGCAACAGAUGGAGACAACCUUCAACUCGCAACGAUGUCUCAAGAAAAUUUCAUCAACUACAACUGGCUCAGACGAUUCAAUUUUAUCCCUCGAAUCAAGCUCGGAAACAUCUUCCACAAACAUUGCUUACCAUCGAAUGCAUGGUGAUAUUGAUCCAGAUCUAGAUAAACCUCCAAGCCUUCCGCCCAAAGCGAAAUCGCAAAUUCACCUUCAAUUACAACAAAUUAAUCAACUUCAUCAAAAGCAACAACAACAUCAACAAAUAAUAUUAGAACAAUCAAAAAUAAAGCCUCAAAAAACGGUACAAUCACAAUUUCCUGAAUCCCAAUCUAUUAAUCAAUGUUCAAUCAAAAUUGAUCCUGAUAUUGAGUCUGAAAUGGCACCAUCUGAACCAGCAGCAAGUUCACCAGUAAACUUGAUUCCUUCAUCUGAAAGUGGUAUAAGUUCACAAUCGGAAACCAUCAGGACAACAGAUGAGUGCCAAGGUCCACUUGAUGAAAUUGAUGUUUCACCCUAUCUAGUCUACAAAAAUUCCGAUGAAGAUGGUCCAGAUAUCAAAGGAGGAAUCAUUGAUGUACUUACUGUUAAAGCCACUGAAGUUUCCAAAAAUGAUUUUCUCUUCCAAGAAGCAUUUCUUACAACAUAUCGAACCUUCAUCAACCCAUUGGAACUUAUUAAUAAAUUAAUUUACCGGUACAACAAAUUUACAAAUUACACCGACUCUAAACAACGAGCUGCCAAAAAUUCAUUUGCACUUUUGGUCCGAGUUGUUGAUGAUUUAUGUGUUAGUGAUUGUAAUGAUUUACUGAUGCAAACCCUUCUAGAGUUUAUCUAUUCUUUGGUGAUUAAAGGUGACCUCACCUUUGCCCGAGUCUUACGUGCUAAAGUAAUUGAAAAAUUUGACAAUCGUCGUAAUGGUUUAACUGGUAAUCAAAUACUCCUUCCAUCGGUCAACAUAUCUUCACGAAGCUGGUCUCUUCAUAAUUUUAAAUCGGAAGUUGUGGCUGAACAAAUGACUCUUCUGGAUGCUGGUCUUUUCCAGAAAGUCGAGGUUGCCGAAUACCUGCUUUGGGCUCGAGAACAGAAAGAAGAGUUGAUACCAAAUUUAAACAAAUUUACCGAGCAUUUCAACAAAAUGUCUUAUUGGACACGAUCUCGAAUUGUUGAAAUUGAAGAUCCCAAAGAGAGGGAAAAACUUGUCACUAAAUUUAUCAAAAUUAUGAAACAUUUACGGAAAAUGAACAAUUUCAACUCUUAUUUAGCUCUUCUUUCCGCUUUGGAUUCAGCUCCAGUUAGACGAUUGGAGUGGCCUAAAAGUAUUACCGAAUCAAUGAAGGAUUUAUGUUCACUCAUUGACUCUUCUUCAUCUUUCCGAGUCUAUCGACAAGCUUUAGCAGAAACUCAGCCACCAUGUAUACCGUAUAUUGGUUUAAUUUUACAAGAUUUAACCUUUGUUCACAUUGGAAAUAGUGAUUAUCUUCCUGAUUCUGCAGGAACCAACAUUAAUUUUGCCAAAAGAUGGCAAAUUUUUAAUAUUUUAGACCAAAUGCGAAGAUUUAAAAAUAGUCAUUAUCCAUUCAAGAAAAAUGAGCAAGUUUUAUCGUUUUUUAAUGAUUUUGAUAACUAUUUAAGUGAAGAAGCAAUUUGGCAAAUAUCGGAAUCAAUCAAGCCCCGUCUUAAUAAUGGAAACUCAUCAAACAAUAACUCAUCUCCGGAAAAGCCUGCAUCGAAUGUUAAAAAAUGAAAAUCGUCUUUAAUGGUACCAUUUAUGCAUGGUAACUCAAUCGAUACUCAGAGCUGUUGUCUCAAUUAUUGAUGAAUUACAAGAAAAGAUGGUUGGCUAAUGGACAAAAUGAAACCAAAUGAAAGUCAAUCAACAAUCACAAGACAAAUCAAAUUGUAAACAACAGAGAUUAAAUGUAAAUCUUUGUUGUCAUCUAAUUUUACGUAAAAUUGGAUUCACAAAGCAUUCACAUUGCUAAUGAUGCCGUUGAUGAAUUCAAUCAUGAUUAUAAUUAUGAGGAAAACAUAGCUUUAUUGUGAAAUUAUAUACGACAGAGAAGUGAGAAAAUGUAAAAGCUUUCAUGUUAGAUGAGCUUAUCCUAGUAGACAAAGGAUAUCAUUUGUAAUAUUUUUCAACCACUUGUACGUUCAAUUUCAUGACUAGAUAGUGAAGACUGUUUAUGGUUAAUCUUUUUUGUACCAUUGAUUCAUCAUGAUUGAUCAUCAACUCACCAUGAAGGCUUUCCUCUAACAUCUGUGAGUGUUUUACGUCAAAAUUGUGACAAUCUUAAUCAACUCGUUUAGUCAAUUUACCUCGUCAAUCACCGUUAUGGAAAUAAUUUAUAUUUAAAUAAUGGAGUCACCAUUGACAAUCAAACUCACAAUGGAAACAAUUGAUAUACCAAAUGAUGUCUUUUUACCCCAAUGAUUGGAAAAGAGUUGAAAAUCAUUGGGAAAAUUGUCGUUUAUUAUCAUAUUUUACAUACCCAAUAUUAGCCCAAAACACUUUAAAUGUAAAUUAAUAUUCCGUCUAAAUUGAUCAAAUUUAUAUAUUGUCAGCAAUCGUAUGUAAUCUUGUCAAAUAUUGUUUCAUCCCCAACCUUUGCUGGACAAAACCUUUCCUUUUACCCUUUUAAUGGUACAGUUUAAUAAUAUUGUAAACUGAUAUUUGACUAAAGGUUAAUGACAACAAAUUAUAAUUAUCGUAAUUGUAUGUAAAAUUGAUAAAUCUAUGUAAUAAUAUCCCAUGAAUAGGGAUAAACUAAAAAUGUAAACCAUGAAGAAAGCAUGUUUAGAUUGUAAACAUGCCUUGAAAUGUGGCCCAAAAAGAAAAUAAUACAAUUAAUUGUUUUCUAUCGCAA